UUGAGUAAACACUAAACCACCUUUGCUUACAUCCACACUCAAACACCCAGACCUUGCGCAAGGAGACUUUCUUACAGCUGCAGCCUGUCAAUAUCAAAGAAGAGUGAGUGGACGGAGAGAGUAUAGUUAGACAUAAGUGUGACUGUGCAAAGUGACAAAACACACCUUUAUCUACAUCUUCUAGGCCUGCUCGUCGAUAUCUACGCUCCUCAGUUUGGGAUACAGGCCCCCGAUCUGAUUGGAUGAUUUUGUCAGAAUGACAGCCGAAGAUCCUGCUUCCUCCUCGACCAUGAGCAAUAACGCUGCCUCUGCCACACCCUCAAACCCUGCCGGUGCCUCCCACCACUCUCUGCAUGGACAGAUCAACAUCCCUGAGGGAGUUGCAGGUGCUCCUAAUGAGGCUGCACUGGUGUCCCUGAUGGAGCGCACUGGCUACAGUAUGGUCCAGGAAAACGGUCAGCGUAAAUAUGGCCCUCCUCCUGGUUGGAAUGCUGCAUCUCCACCACGGGGAUGUGAAAUCUUUGUGGGCAAGAUCCCACGGGACGUUUAUGAGGAUGAGCUGGUCCCAGUGUUUGAGUCCGUGGGACGCAUCUAUGAGAUGCGGCUGAUGAUGGACUUUGAUGGGAAGAACAGAGGGUAUGCAUUUGUGAUGUACACAGAGAAACAUGAGGCCAAGCGGGCUGUGCGUGAGCUCAACAACUAUGAAGUGCGGCCCGGGCGGCUGCUGGGGGUCUGCUCCUCCGUGGACAACUGCCGUCUUUUCAUUGGUGGCAUCCCCAAGACCAAAAAGCGCGAAGAGAUCCUGGAAGAGGUCUCCAAAGUGACAGAAGGGGUACUAGACGUGAUUGUUUAUGCCAGCGCUGCAGACAAGAUGAAGAACAGAGGCUUUGCUUUUGUAGAGUAUGAGUCGCACCGUGCAGCCGCCAUGGCUCGCAGAAAGUUGAUGCCUGGACGUAUUCAGCUUUGGGGCCACCAGAUCGCAGUGGACUGGGCUGAGCCGGAGAUUGAUGUGGACGAAGACGUUAUGGAGACAGUGAAGAUUCUCUAUGUCAGAAAUCUUAUGAUGGAGACCAGCGAGGAGACGAUCAGACAGGUGUUCAGCCAGUGGAAUCCUGGAUGUGUUGAACGUGUGAAGAAAAUACGUGACUACGCCUUCGUCCACUUUACCUCCCGGGACGAUGCUGUCAUGGCCAUGGACCACCUCAAUGGCACAGAGGUGGAAGGGUCCUGCAUCGAGGUGACACUCGCCAAGCCAGUUGAUAAAGAGCAGUACUCCCGCCAGAAGGCCUCCAAGGGAGCUUCUGCCACUCCAGAGCCUACUCAGCAGAGCUACGUCUACCAGUGUGAUCCCUAUACAUUGGCCUACUAUGGUUAUCCCUACAACACCCUAAUUGGACCCAACAGGGAAUACUUCGUCAAAGGAUCCCCAAUGAUACAGAACAAUGCAGGUACUGUGCGGGGUCGUGGUCGUGUUGCUGCAGGUAACCGUACCCCUGGACCACGGGGGUCGUACCUGGGGGGUUACUCUGCCGGUCGUGGCAUCUACAGCCGCUACCAUGAGGGCAAGGCCAAGCAGCCCGAAAAGCCCUAUGAGCUGAUGCCCAGUCUGGAGCUUGCUGCUUCCGUCAACUCCGUUGGCAUCAAACCUGGCACAAUGGCAUUGCCGACUCUGGGUGGGCAGUACUCAGUGUUCAGCACGGCUCCUGCAGCCAAGCUGAUGGAGGAGGGAAAGGUGCACACGGUGGAGCACCUUAUGAACCCUCUGGCCAUGCAACACCCUGAACACACCACCGCUAGUGCUGCUGCAACCGUCAUGCCUGCGGUCUCUACCCCUCCACCUUUUCAGGGCCGUCCUAUCACUCCUGUCUAUGCCAUGGCCCACAACGUACAGCGCAUCCAAGCAGCCGGUGGUCUGUAUGGAGCUGGAUACGUCCCCAUCACAAACUACGCUGCCAACACAGCAGCUCUGGCUGCUCUGCAGAAGAAUGCAGCCGUGGCGGCUGCAGCAUAUGGGGGAUACACAGGCUACGCAAUGCCACAGGCCUUCCCCGCCACAGCCUUCCAGCUGCCAAUCCAUGAUGUCUACCAGACAUAUUGAUUAUGAGGGUCAGACCACGACAAAGUUACCCUGCCUGUGACUGAACCACCACCACAACGUCUGUCCCAUCAUAUAGAAACAUCACUUGAACUUGUGAACAUCCAAAAGCUCUAAAGAAAUGUCUUUUGAAGCAAAUAUUUAGAAAACAGACAGAGAAACAAUGACAUCUCACACAUAUCUGUCCAACGCAUUCUGGCCUGAUCUGUCCAAUGUACUGGCCUCAGUAUAUCCUGGACCCAAGGCAACCAUAUGACAGGCUUAAUUAUGCAGCGUCACUGUUUUAUAAAACACAUAGAGGACAGUCCACUUACUGAGGAAACCUAACUGUAUGUGGUGAUAAUCGUCCCCCAACAAUAAGCAUUAACUCAUAACAACAACCAUCUCUCUGUCUUGCUCUUUGUCUCUGUGUCUCUGACCCCCACCACCUUGUUGCUAUGGCAACAGAAACACUGAAGGUACAUUGAAGUAUUUAUAAAGAGAAGAUACCUAUUUAAGGUUUUAUUCUCUGUAUGUUUCUCUUAUUAAUGGAGUGAAAUUUGUUCUCUGAAGCAGGAAAGAAACACCUUUACCAUUUCUUUUGAAACUGUAAAAACGUGGGGGUAAAAAAGAAAAGUUAAUUGAAAGAAAGUAAAAGAACAACAGGAACUAAAAGAGAGGAUACCACUGAAUACAACUGUUUUGGAUAUACUAAUGUUUUGUUUUCAUUAAUAUAUAGCCUAUUAAUUCUACAUGCUGUAGGUGAUGCUAUCCGUCCAUGCUGGUUGAAUGUGUAAGCUUCAAACAUGCCUGUUUGGUACUUUUUGGUUUAUUAAGAUUUGUUUGUUUUGGAAAUGAAGGUUUCUAAGUGUUGUAUUCAUUUGCUUAGUUUGCUUGUUUUUAUGUCUACUCUUUAACUUUUGGAAACAUAUAUCUUGGUUUGUUUGAAGAAAAAAAAAAGUUGCCAGCUAAAUAAUAUUAUUUUGGCAGAUUCACUGGGAGAACAAAUACUAGAGAAAGAAAACUGGAAAGCUUUUUCAACAUGAUUUAUCUAUAAGCCUGAUAGACAGCGACACCAUGUACAUUCCCAUCCUCAUAAAACUGUGCUGACAGGGGAAUCAGACUGAACAGAUGUUUGAUGUUUUUCUCUCUAUUUACGUAUAUCUUUAUUAUUGUGUUUUUGAAUUGUUUUUAUUGACUCUUGAAAGGUGAACAAAUAUGGACAGAAAUGAGAGACAUUUUUCUAUGUGGACUGCAAAACUCUGCCACUUAAAGCGCUCCUGCAUUUACCAAUGCCUACCAAAAAAAACUUAAGGCUAUAUACACUCCAACAUUUUUAGAUAAGAAAGAUUAUCUGUGUCUGACUACAGUGCCUUACAUCUGCAUACUGGACUGGAGUUUUCUCCAUUCAUAUUUCCAAUCAUUUGUGGUAUUACUGUGUUGUCGUGAAACAAGUAGGUUUCAGUCUCUGUAAUCAGAUGUAACAAGGCUACCUCUCUCUUGUAGUCUCUUCUCUAAAUGCUUCUGCAGCAACACUCUGUAUGUCUGUCUCCUCUUUAUUUCUCGUCCUUCAAACUGUGCUUGACUGAGGUGCACUUAAACAUAUUUAUAAAAGGCAAGAGAUUGCGACUUUCAGAUGAAGAGAUAAUAAAUACUGAGCAUGAAUGCAUGUGUGAACUGGGCUAGUUUGGAGUUUCUCAAUUAUUGUAUGUGUGAGAGAGCUCUUCCUCAUGGAUAAAGCAUAAAAAUAACCCUCAUGGAUGUUUAGCAGACUCUUUUUAAACUCUGCUGUAUGUUGAAAACAAGCGUAAUAUUGGACUGGGAAUAACUAGAGCAAUACCUCAUGCUGAAAUAUACAAGUAGCCAUGCAUGUAGUCUAUGUGCUACAACACACAAACAUAAUGGAUGCAAGCAGCUGCUGAUCAUGAAGUCGCACUCCACAAUCUUUGUAUAAGAGCAUGCAAAACAUUUGUACGCUGGCUAGUAUUUGUAAACCAGUUUUGGUAGUUGUUUUUAUUCACUAUGUUUAAAGAGAAUAUCUAAACAUUUGCUCAUGUUCCAUCAUUUCCUCAGAUUUAAGACAACAAUUUACACAUAAAACAACAUAAUGAGUUUGACUUUGAGGAUGGUCUGGAUCAUGACUUUUUAUGUCCAAGACAUUAAACGAAAAGAUUGAUUAUCCACAGCAAACAAGACAUAGUUUUAUCAUCUCACGCCAUCAUAGCUACAUUGUGCUUCUUCUCUCUCCUCUGAAACUGGAUUUGACGUAGAAAGCAAACUGCUGAUAACUGCUUUUAUUAUUUUCUUGUACGAUGACAAUAAGUCAGGAUAUAUUUAAUAUAUGCAUUACGUGUUAUGUCUAUGAAGUGAGAAGAAAAGGUAUAAUAUAUUCUAAAACAUAUUUCUUUUCUUUAUGUACACCUUGUUUAGGGAUUAAAAAGUAAGAGUAACAAAAGUAGAGGAAAAACCUUUUUUUUUUUUGCCAAAGUGUCCAAUAGUUUUUAAAACAUUCAAGGUUAUUGUGUUUUUGUCAUGUGUAAUAUUCUGUAUGCUAUUUUGUACUGGUUUUGGUGUUAUGAGUGGGACCACAAAGGCAUUCUGGUUCAUUUGAUCAGUUAAACUAAGAACUAGAAAACUGGUCCAUUGCAGUGUUACAAUCCAUCAGCACUUUGAGCUGUUGGUGUUGCAACUUCGCAUGUCAGUUUUGGAUAAACUGUUAAAGGUCUGAUGAUGUUUUAACAGCCAUCCAAACGUCAUGUGUUAAACAGCAGAGAACUGUGUCUUCUGGUUCUGCCUCCCACUCAAAAUGCCUGCUUUACUUUCUAUUGCCUGCAUUUCAUCCACACUACAGCAUCCUUGUGUCAGUGGUGUGGACCUAUGCCUAGUUUAACAUAGGUGUUACUAUUUAAACUCUCCCUAGUGUGUGCCUUAUUGCCAAUAUGUGGCCUUUGCUAUGCCUAUGUAGUCCUAUCAAACUGUUUUCUAUCUGAAGGUUUGUUUAAAAAAAAAAAGAAGAUUGUUCUGUAUUGUUAUAUUUAUAGUGAUAAAGUAGAUAAAUAAAGCAUUUUCAAAAGGA